GGCGGCGAAGAAGAAGAGACGGUGGAAGCACUGGAAGAGGAAGAAAGGGGUGGAGGACGGUGCGAGUCAAUCAUGGCUGCUCUCAUAGUACGGAGGCGAAAUAGAUUACACCUUUUCUUAUUGUUAUGCCCCAUUUGUGUAUCGGCGUUUUUAAACUUGGAAGAACUGAACGAGAUGAAAUAUGAGAUUCAGAUUCUUCCCGAUCCUGUCAUUAUGGGGCAGACCAAGACAGAUGAGGUCAUGAUGGUGUCCAGCAAGUUCAAACAGCUGUAUGAGUGUCGCCUUCCAGCCCAGGCGGUCCGCUUUCAUCAGGACCCGGUGUCAGAUCCUGACUCACAAGGGUACACAGGGCCGGACAUCCCUGAUCUACUCAGCCCCAUGCGGGAGCCCCCCUGCCUAGUGUUGACAAAAGACUGGUGGACAUACGAGUUCUGCCAUGGUCAGCAUAUCAGACAGUACCAUCUUGAAGACUCAGAAAUCAAAGGGGACAUUCUCUUCCUGGGCUACUAUGAGUCUGAAUUUGACUGGAGAAAUGAAACUGCAAAGGCCUCCAAACAGCACAGACUGAAACGCUUUCACAGUCAGAUGUAUGUGAACGGCUCUAAGUGUGACAUCAACGGGAAUCACAGGGAGGCUGAAGUCCGGUUUGUGUGUGAAGACGGUUCGGGUGACUACAUCGCCCGAGUGGACGAGCCACAGUCAUGCCGCUACGUGCUGACCAUUCAUACCAGUCGUACAUGCCAGCAUCCCUUACUGCGGCCUCCGUCCACUGCCAAGCCCCAGGGGAUCAUAUGCCAGCCGGCACUAAGCGCACAACAGUACAUGGACUAUGUCAAAGCUCAAGUCUCCGACACAAAGCGUAAAGUGGAACAAAUAUCUGAGGAGCUGAGGAGUCUUGAUGAAAUGUUGGCCAGUAACGAGGAGGCGGAGUCACCGGUGGCUGUAAGGGCAGAAGAACCAUCACCAGAACCCAGCGAUGCCCAGGACCAGUCUGACCAAAAAGUUUCUGCUGACAUGUCUGAGGAUGCAGGGUCAGAAGACCCAGAGGAUUCUCAGUUUUGGGAGGGAAUUACAAAACCAGGAAGUUCAAAAACAAGCUCUUCUCAUGAGAAGAGUGAGCAGGCAGUUGAUGAUGGCUUCAACUCAAUCACAGACAAUGAAAUCAUUGAUGAUGGAAAUGAAGUUGAAAAUUUCAACUUUAAAAUCAUCACUGACCCAUCAGACCUGAUGAAAUUUGUCCAGCAUCUCAAGGAGAGUAAUAAAAAGAAAGCACAAAACCGAGCGAAAGAACAAGCGGGGAAAAGGGGAUCCGUGAAGCACAGCGAAGACGACAGAGAGGAUGAUGAAGAUGAACGGCUGCUUCAGGAGUUUGAGGAUGAGAUGGCAGACGUCUCUGUGCCGGCUGAUAAGACUGAGAAGAUAAAGGAAACGAUGCAAAAAGAGUUUGACAACAUCAUAAAUGAGGCGCAGCAAGAAUUGGAGACAGAAGGGCUGAAAGGAGAGUUUGAUCGCACGCAGGCUACGCAGGCACUGGAGACGACACUUGACAAGCUUCUUGACCAUUUGGAGGAGAAAGACGAGCUGGCCCCCGAGCAGCAAACAGGAGCUCAAAGAGCCAACGACCCGACCAGGGGAAGCCCCAGCUUGGCUCCAAAGCAGCCUGACCAAGAUGCUGAUGACCAUAUUAAGAUCAAAAUUACUAAAUAUAAGACAGGCAGCAGCUCCGAUGGGGAGUUCAAAAUACAGGAGUUGGGCAAAGGAGAUCCCCAGUGGCAGCACAUAAAGGACGUGGUUAAAGAACAGCUAGAGAAAGCAGGACUGAAGGCUGAAGGUAAAAUUGAGGUGAAGAUCUUGACACGAAAGAAUGCAGAUGAGGCAGGUGAUCAGUGGUUGACCGAAGAAGACACUAAGUCAUUCCGAGACCUCCUCAUAAACCUGCUGGAUGAAGCAGUGACGCUUUGUUCUUUUGGUUUACAAGACUGGAGGCACAGAGGAAGUUCACAAAGAGCAAAAGCGACAGCAAGAGUUGGAGAACAACUACAGGUUUGUGUGGGGUGACGGCCAAGACGAGUCCCAGUCUUCCAGCAAUGACUCGGACGACGUAGAUCUGUGAGCCCAUUCAACACGCUCAGUGCCGCCAUUGUGAAGGUGUACGCCGGUGGUGAUCAGCGAGGCGGGGAGACUCUGAAGCGCAGCCCCCAAUUGACGAAGUGAUUCAUUUAUUGCUAUUAAAGCCAGAUGGUGACAUGACCUCAUGUUUACACCUUCCUGAAGCUUGUCCGGAGUCUGCAAUACGUCUUUAAAGAUUUAUGUGGUACGACAGAAUCACUGUCAGCUCUACUUGAAUGAGUUAUGCAUUUUUCCCCCUUUUCCUAGAUGGCUGCAAAAAAAAAAUAAUCAGGAGAUGGACAAUGCCAACAUUUUAUGAAUAUUUAAAUCAGUCGUGCUGCCUAUUUUGCAUCGUGGUUGCUAUUUGCAGGUCCCCAAAUGUGUGCAACCUCAGUUCUUGCACAGGUCAUUUACCUUUGACUGUAUAAUGAUGAUACAAGGGAUGAAACUGUCAGUAAACACAAGUGUACAUUACACAAGCUGUGGCACUUUAGGAUUUUUAGACAAACGCCAUCUUCCCUUUGGGUUGGCAUAUAUGAGAAACUGAAUGAUAAAUAUUCAGUGUUGUGGUGUCUUUGUUCUGUCAAUAAAGUUAUUUAAAUUCUAUUACUUUAGUAAUUGAAAGCAAGGAAAGAUGCAAUGAAGAAGAAAAGUAGGUUGUAGUCACCAUGACUGGUCAUGGUAAUCUGCAAAAGUUGAAUCCAAGCAACUUGACUCUUCUUGGUUGUAGAGAAUGUUUUGCAUUUAAGUUCAAAAUCUAAGGUCUAGAGUUCCCCUAUUGAUGAGAUGACAGGUACACGUCAUACACCAGGCACAGUUUGCAACAAAAACCCUCAUGUGACCACCCCCAAGGGACUUAGGGGACCUAAGAUUUAGAACUGAAGAAGCCUUUUCAAGAAGUGGAAACGUCUUCCAACAAUGAAGAAUCUUAGCCAACUCAACUAUUGUGGAGUCCUUAAAAAUAAAAAUUUCUACUGAUCUUUCAGAGGUGUAUUUAAAGGGUUGAAUUUGUGGACUUGUGAAUAAUUAUGGCUCCGCCUGUAUAUACACUAUAUUGCCAAAGGUAUUCACGCACCUACCUUGACUCACAUGAAUGUAAGUGACAUCCCAUUCCAAAUCCAUAAAGUUUAAUAUGUCAUUGGUCCAUCCUUUUCAGUCAUAACAGCUUCAACUCUUCUGGGAAGGCUGUCCACAAUGUUUAGGAGUGUGUUUAUGGGAAUUUCUUUACCAUUCUUCCAGAAGUGUAUUUGUGAGGUCACACACUGAUGUUGGACGAGAAGGCCUGGAUCUCAGUCUCCGCUCUAAUUUAUCCCAAAGGUGUUCUAUCGGGUUGAGGUCAGGACUGUGCAGGCCAGUCAAGUUCAUCCACACCAGUCUGUCAUCCAUGUCUUAAUGGACCUUUCUUUGCGCACUGGUGCACAGUCGUUUUGGAAGAGGAAGGGCCAAGCUCCAGACUGGUACCACAAAGUUGGGAGCAUGGAAUUGUCCAAAAUCUCUUGAUAUUCUGAAGCAUUUAGAGUUCCUUUCACUGGAAUUAAGGGGCCAAGCCCAUCUCCUGAAAGACAACCCGAUACCAUAAUCCCCCCCACCAAAUUUUACACUUGCACAAUGUAGUCAGACAAGUACUGUUCUCCUGGCAACUGCCAAAUCCAGACUCAUCCAUCCGAUUGCCAGAUGGCGAAGUGUCAUUUGUCACUCCAGGGGACACCUCUCCACUGUUCUGGAGUCUAGUGUUGGUGUGCUUUAUACCACUGCAUCUGACGCUUUGCAUUGUACUUGAUGCAUGGCUUGGAUGCAGCUGUUCAGUCGUGGAAACCCAUUCAUUCCAUGAAGCUCUCUGCGCGCUGUUCUCGAGCUAAUCUGAAGGCCACAUUAAAUUUGGAGGUCUGUAGCGAUUGACUCGGCAGAAACUUGGCGACCUCUUCGCACUAUGCGCCUCAGCAUCCACUGAUCUCGCUCCGUCAGUUGAUGUGGCCUACCGCUUCAUGGCUGAGUCGCUGUCGUUCCCAAACGCUUACACGUUCUUAUAAUACAGCCGACAGUCGACUGGAAUAUUUAGGAGCGAGCAAAUUUCACGGUUGGACUUGUUGCACAGGUGGCAUCCUAUCACAGUUCCACGCUGGAAUACAUUGAGCUCCUGAGAGCGACCCAUUCAUGCCUAGGUGCUUGAGUUUAUACACCUAUGGCCAUGGAAGUGAUUGUAACACCUGAUUAUUUGAAUGGGUGACCAAAUACUUUUGGCAAUAUAGUGUAGUUUGAGUAAUUUUUUUGUUCUAAUUUUGUUUUUGUAGUGUGUUAGCACAAAUCCUAGCAGUUGCUUCAACCUGACUAAUGAGUGCAAUCUUGUAUGCAAGUCAGUGUCAUACAAUAGGAGUAAAUAAUAGACCACCUUCCUCCUCCCUAAGAGAAGGCCGGAACGGUGUGUAUAUUUUGGGAGCAUUCAUUGCCCUGUAUUGCACUUCUUGGCUUCAGAGGCCAGAAGAAAAAAAAAAAACUUAGGUCCACCUGAACUCCUUUGUAUGAAAGUCUUCAAAUAAAAGUUCCUUUGACUUCA